AUGGCUUCCUCACUCCUGCCCGACCCCGCCCAGCUCGCUGGCGGCGGCAACAGCGAAACCAUCCGCGUCGUCGACUCCCUCAACCAAACGCUCCUCACCCACCUCAAAACCAUCUUCGCGGCCCGCAGCGGCGGCACGGAUCAGCCCUGGACGGCCGAGCAGCUCUCGGCCUUUUGCACGGAGAUCCAGCGCGAGGGCGGCGCCGCCAUACCAACGAGCCUUCUCGCAGCUUCUGAAGAAGGAGGAGGGGGACUCGAUUUUGAAGGGUUCGUCAAGUACAUGACGUCGUCGGCCACGGCGUUGACGGCUCCGCCUAAAGAAGAGGAUUUGUCGUGGCCGCUUGCGGCGUAUUUUAUUAGCUCGAGCCAUAAUACGUACCUUACGGGAAAUCAACUGUCGAGCGAUUCGAGUACGGCGGCGUAUAAGAAUGUGUUGUUGAGGGGGUGUAGGUGCAUCGAGGUGGAUGUGUGGGAUGGGGAUGAUUCUGAUAGUGAGGAUUCUAGUAGUGAUGAGGAGAAGGAGGCGGCGGAGGGGGGUGAGUUGAAAAAGAAGAAGAAGAAGCAGAGUACGUUUGAAAUGUUGAAGAGUAAGCUGAAGGGAGAGACGCAGAAGGCGGAUGAGAAAAUUACCCAACCCAGGGAGCCUGUCGCAGCGACGCAAGAGGGAAGUAAAAAGGUGAAGAAUGACGGGAUCCCAGCACUCAAGCCCGGCGCCGUCGAGCCGAGAGUUCUGCACGGCUACACGCUAACCAAGGAAAUCACCUUCCGAGACGUCUGCGUCGCCAUUCGCGACUCCGCCUUCAAGGUCUCCGACCUACCCGUAAUUGUCAGUCUCGAGGUUCACUGCACCCCUGAGCAGCAAGAUCGCAUGGUCGAGAUCAUGGAGCACGCUUUCAAGGGUAUGCUCGUGCCCAUCCCCGAGGGCGAACCGACCGAACUCCCCGCUCCACAGGAUCUGCGCAACAAGAUCAUCGUAAAAGUCAAGUACGCCCCCCCACCCGGCGCUUCCCCUGAACAACAGCAACAACUCCUGGAAGACGAUUACCAGGACCGUCUACCCCAGGGCGGUAGCGCCGCCGCCAAGGGCACUGCUGCCGCCGCUGCUGCUAAGCCAUCCAAAAUCACGCAGGCGCUGAGCAACAUGGGCUUCUACUCCCGCGGCGUCUCGUUCAAGAGCCUAACGCAAGCCGAAGCGACGAUGCCGACGCACAUUUUCUCGUUGUCGGAGAAGAAGGUGGCGGAGGUGCACGGGAAGCAGGCGGAGAAGCUGUUCGAGCAUAAUUUGCAUUAUAUGAUGAGGACGUAUCCGCACGGGUUGAGGAUCGGGUCGUCGAAUUUGGAUCCGGCGCCGUUUUGGAGGAAGGGGAUUCAGGUCGUGGCGUUGAAUUGGCAGAAUUGGGAUGAGGGGAUGAUGUUGAACGAGGGCAUGUUUGCGGGGACUCAUGGAUAUGUGUUGAAGCCUGAGGGCUACCGCAUGAAGAAGCCCGACGGAAGCAAGCCUCCCCCGCCCACCUACCAAACCCUCGACCUCUCCAUUGAAGUCCUCGCCGGUCAAAACAUUCCUCUGCCCCCGGACGACGAACAUGCCAGGAGCUUCCGCCCUUACGUAAAAGUCGAGAUCCACGUCGAAUCGCCCGAAGAGCGCCGCGGCAAGAUCCGACCCUCCGCCGAGGCUGGCCAGGAAGCCGAAGGCGAGUACAAGGCGCGCACGAAGACGAACAAGGGAACUGAGCCGGACUUUAAGGGCGAGGUGCUCAAGUUCGUGCGGGUUCCGGGCGUGGUACCCGAGCUUACGUUUGUGAGGUUCACGGUGAGGGAUGACGAGUUUGGGAGGGAUGAUUUGGCGGCUUGGGCUUGCGUUAGGUUGGAUCGGGUGAGGGCGGGGUAUAGGUUUUUGCAUUUGUUGGAUUGUAGGGGGAGGUUGACGAAAGGGGUUUUGCUGGUCAAGGUGACGAAGGUUCUUGUUAAGUGA